AUCUGCGGGCCGCGACUCCAUUCCGCUCCCCGCAGCGCUGGGUGCGGGGCGGGACAAGCGGCGGCGGGGGCGUGGCCUAGAUCCCUGGUCUGGCGGCGGCGUCCACUGCCUGUGACAGUCCGGUCCCCCCGCGCCUGCUCCGGCUGUACUUGCCCUGCUCCCCGCGCGCCGGCCAUGACGGGCUCACUGUUCAAGGGGAAUUUUUGGAGUUCAGACAUCCUCAGCACCAUUGGCUACGACACCAUCAUCCAGCAUCUCAACAAUGGCCGCAAGAACUGCAAAGAGUUUGAAGACUUUUUAAAAGAAAGGGCAUCAAUUGAAGAGAAAUAUGGCAAAGAUCUACUCAACCUCUCUAGGAAGAAGCCAUGUGGACAGUCUGAGACCAACACCCUGAAGCGGGCCCUUGAAGUCUUCAAGCAACAAGUAGACAAUGUGGCCCAAAGUCACAUUCAGCUCGCACAGACUCUAAGAGAAGAGGCCAGGAAGAUGGAAGAAUUCAGGGAAAAGCAAAAGUUACAACGGAAAAAGACGGAGCUUAUAAUGGAUGCUGUCCAUAAACAAAAGAGCUUACAAUUCAAGAAAACCAUGGAUGCAAAGAAGAGCUAUGAGCAGAAAUGCCGGGACAAAGAUGAAGCAGAGCAGGCGGUCCACCGGAGUGCCAACCUGGUCAACCCAAAGCAACAAGAAAAGCUUUUUGUGAAACUGGCAACUUCAAAGACGUCAGUAGAAGACUCAGACAAAGCGUAUAUGCUGCACGUCAAUACGCUGGAUAAGGUCCGAGAAGAGUGGCAGAGUGAGCACAUCAAGGCCUGCGAGGUGUUUGAGACUCAAGAAUGUGAACGAAUAAACUUCUUUCGGAAUGCACUAUGGUUACACUUGAAUCAGCUGUCACAACAGUGUGUCACAAGUGAUGACAUGUAUGAAGAAGUCCGUAAGAGUUUAGAAAUGUGCAGUAUUGAGAAGGAUAUUGAGUACUUUGUGAAUCAACGCAAAACUGGACAGACACCACCAGCACCUAUCAUGUACGAGAAUUUCUACUGCCCCCAGAAGAAUGCAGCCCCACCAGGAAAGGCUACGGGGCCUAACUUGCCAAGGAGAGGACCUCUCCCAGUUCCUAAGAGUUUGCCAGAUGACCCUGAUUAUUCUUUGCUUGAUAACUACAGUUUAAUCUAUCAGUAACACCAAUGAAAAAAGCUUUUUCUGGCUGGUGCUUCUGUGGCUUGGAAAGAGGCACUCAAAGCAGCAGAAUCUGUAGAAAUUAUGUCAAUCAUGAAGACUUGGAAGUGAACCCUUGCUAUAAUUUUUCCAUAUUUUAAAAUUUAUGGUAGAUAUUUAGUUCAACGGAACCCAAUAGAGUUCUGCAGUUUUUAAAAGAAGUUAACAGAUUGCCCCAGACUGAAGAAUUAUCUUUUCCCAUUCAAGUCACUAAAGUUGUGAAUGAAUUGUUUUUCUACUUGAUUAGGAAAGUCUCUGGAUAUGAAGCCUUGACUCCUGGGGGUGGGGGCAGGAAUGGCUGCUAGGGGGGCGGUGGGAGACAGAGCCAUCACCCUGCUCUAGAAGUUCCUUUGCCUUGGGAGCGGCGUGGCUGUGGAAUUUCCAGUGACACACACUUUCCGUGGUGCAAGAUUUUAAAUCACCUUCCUUUUUGGCUGCAAGAUUUUGAGGCCAUCUGAUUGCACUUUCUCAUUUUACAGAUGAGGAAAUGAGGCCCAGAAGUGUGAAAUCAAUUUCCUUACAGUUCUCCCAACUGACUAGGGACAGAAGAGAGUGCAAGUCUAUCCCACACUGCCUUCUGACCCUUCUUGAGGCUGGGCUCAUGUUGAAAUUUAAGAUGCCAAGUGUUUUUGCCGGCACCUUUCCAAUUGGGAAAACUACGAGUGUUUAAAAGUCAGAUUUAUUUUUAUAUGGCUCACUGUGUGUACUCGACUGCAGGGCACCAUAUUUAACCUCAUUAAGAAAACAUCGAUUAUAAAACAUGCCUUUGCUUUAUAUACCACUAAGAAAGGCAGUGAAGGACUUGACACUUUUGACAGUUAAUGGCCAAACUCAUUGGAACUGGAGAUGCUAAUGUGUGGGAAAAAAAAUAUAUUCUAGAAUCAAUGAAAUGUGGCCUUUUGACUAUCCCUAAAGAGUUUUAGACUUACAAAGCCAGUACUCAGUCUUGGGUCUUCACAGAGGAUUUUUCCCUUGCUAGAUCCUGGAAUUUUUACCCUUCCACAAAUAGUUGGGUCUUCCUUUGGUCACCCGUAAAACAGAAGGGAGAUUAUGUACCUUGGUCUAAUGUUAGCACCCUGAGUAAACGAUGCAUUUUAGUUAGGGACAAGUGAACACAGCACUGGCAUUUAUUUUGGAAGUUGAAAAAUUAUGGUGCCAUGAAAAGCAAACGCUUUCCUUUUCUGCUCUGUGCAGUAGCUUUCCCGGAACUAUGGACAAAGUGAUGGAAGGGAGAUGGAGUAUUUCCCCUUUUCAUGUAAAGCGCUGCUUAAAGUGGCAGCUUCUUGUCAUGAUGGGAAACUUGCAUCAUUUGGAUAUCCUUUUGAGAAACUGAAGUUUGCAAAGGACCAUUGACUUCCCCAAGUUGAACAGGCUCAGGAAAUUUUCCUUCGAACUCACAACAUUGUCUGUUUGAGUGUUUUGUUUAUUGUUGGCGGUUCCUCAGGGAUUUCAGUUUUCUCUCUCUUGGUCAGUGUAAUUGAUAUAAAAGUGUUUUAAGAAUUGAAAAAAUAUAUUUUUAUUUUAUUGCUCCAGUUUGAUAUGAAGUAAAAUAAAAGUUUUUGCUGAUUCGG